AUGGACGAAGAUCAACAACAAGAGAUACGAGAUAAACAACUUUCGAUUCAACAAGAAUUUCAUACGCUUGAUGACACACAACGUCCAUGGUCAGAAUGGCAGCGAAGUGAUGAAUCUUGUGUGCAACAUACUGGACUUGAUGUUGAACAAGUACAAGAAUUAUAUGAUAUGUGUGAAGAACCACUUAAAAAGUAUCGUCUUCAUCGAUAUGAGCAACAAACAGAUAUUACCGACAGAUCAUAUUUAUCUCCUAUGAAUUUACUCGUAGUUACAUUAUGGUACUUGAAGCAUUAUCAUUCAAAACGUUACAUUUCUACAGAGCUGAAUUUGGGUCAAUCAACAGUGAAAUAUUUCUUAACAGAAGUUCUGGAUAUAUUACAUUCAUGUGUAUAUCAGGAAUUAGUAUCUUUACCAGCUGAUUUAGCUAGUAGAAGAAGUAAACAUGGACCUCAACAACAUCACAAGUUAAUAGUUGAUUCAAUUUCUAUUGCGAUUCCCGAGCCUUCUGAUGCAAACCAACGUAAAGCAUAUUGUUAUGGAAAAAGCUCAACGAAUUAUGCCAUAAAAGUCCAAAUAACUUGUGACUUUAACCAUCACAUAGUACACGUAUCAGACUGUUAUCGUGGUAGUACACAUGAUAUUACAAUUUUAAGAAAUUCUGGACUGUUGGAUUAUGUAGAAGAAUCAGUUCAAAUUAUUGCUGAUAAAGGAUAUAUCGGUGAAGAAUACGUUAUUACUCCAAAAAAAACCUCAUGGACAUGA